ACGAUAAUAAUACUAAUAGUGUUUUACGAAGGCGACUCUUCUAAGUGCAACAACAUACAACAAAAGGAUGAGCUUUGGAGCGUCAGCUCCCGGGCUAGUUGGUAGGUCAUGCUCGAGCAUGAACAUGGAAGUGUGUAGGAGCGGCGAGCAGAGCAUUGGUUGAGCCACCCGCUGAGCUUUCGCAGAAUAUAUUCCUGUCUCGCUUUUGCCGCGAUUUCCCCUCGCUUUUUCCAGAUUCCUUCCUUCCUCCCUCCCUCUCUCCCUCCUUCCCGUUAUAUAUCAAUCCAUCAGUGGCCGCCUUGUACGUGGUGGACUCCGUCCAACGAAUCCAACCACCUCAGACUUCGUCGUCUUCUUCUUGUGUUGGCGGAAUAAGAAGAGGAAGAAGAUAAAUUAUAUUUCUCCCGAAAAAAAAAAACCUCGCUUUUGACGAUCUCGGCCCGAAGAAUUCGCCACUUCUACCGGUCGGAAGGGAUGCGGAAGAGGAGCGGCGGCGUCGGCGGCGCGGUCCUGCAUCACCACCACCGGCGGUGGGCGUUGAGGGAGAAGGCCAAGAACCGGGUGAAUGACCUCCAGGGGAUGUUCGCGGACGUCCAGUCGGCCCACAAGGAGGGCCGUUCGGCCGAUGCCGCCGUCCUCGAGGAACAGCUCCACCAGCUGCUCCGCGAGUGGAAGGCCGAACUCGGCGAGCCCUCCCCUGCCGCCUCCGCGGCCUCCUCCUUGCCCGGGAAUAGCCGCGGGCCUUCGGAUCUGUCCUCGUACAUCCGCCGCAUGCUGCAGCUGAACGAGGAAGACGAUGAUGCCACAAGCAAGCUGGCAGAGCCGCCUCUGACGUCUGCAAAUCCCAAGGAUGAGCCGCUGGAUGUGCUUGGCCCAGACGUAGGGGAGCUUCAAAGCGGAGGUGUUGCUGUUUUCCGUGGGGAAUAUUCUCUGACUCAGGAAAUGCCAGAUUAUGUAUUCCUAGGGACUCAGCAAUUCAAGUGCGGUUCUAUAGAAGCACAGCGUGCCGCUUUGCAUUGCCUGGAAGAAGCCAACAAUCUUGAAUUUCAUCAUUACAAUCCGCAUCAAGAAUUACCACAAAGUGUAUUUCUUGGUUUUAAUGCUGGUGGUUUUGAUGUAGGGGAUCUCACACCAUUUUUAUCAGAAUUCAUCCCAGCAAUAUGCCCUCCACCUUCGGCUUUCCUAAGGCCGAAAUGUGCACUCUGGGACUGCCCUAGGCCUGCUAGGGGAUCAGAAUGGUUUGAAGACUACUGUAGCAGCUUUCAUGCAACUCUAGCACUGAAUGAAGGACCUCCUGGUAUGACUCCAGUGCUUCGUCCUGGUGGUAUCGAUUUGAAGGAUGGUCCUCUCUUUGCGGCUUUAAUUGCAAAGACACAUGGAAAGAAUGUUGGUAUCCCAGAAUGUGAAGGGGCGGCAACCAAUAAAUCUCCAUGGAAUGCGCCUGAGCUCUUUGAUCUUUUAGUUCUAAAUGGUGAAUCAGUAAGAGAAUGGCUCUUUUUUGACAAACCUCGAAGAGCAUUUGAGAGUGGGAACAGAAAACAAAGAUCAUUACCUGAUUACAGUGGUCGUGGUUGGCAUGAAUCAAGGAAGCAGGUGAUGAAGGAAUUUGGAGGACUCAAGAGGUCCUACUAUAUGGAUCCUCAGCCGCUGCGUCACUAUGAGUGGCAUCUCUAUGAGUAUGAGAUCAACAAUUGUGAUGCAUGUGCAUUGUAUAGGCUAGAACUCAAGCUUGUUGAUCCUAAGAAGAGUAUCAAAGGAAAAGUAACAAGUGAUUCACUUGUUGAUCUGCAGCAGCAGAUGGGAAGGCUAAAUGCUGAGAAUACUAUGGACAGCAAGCGAUACGCCAAGGGCAGGCCAAGAUUUCAAUACAAGGAUUCUGCUGAAACCAUGUAUUCAGCUUUAGAUUUCAUCAACCAAAUGGAAAAUGGUGAAAGCCUACAUUCAUCUUUGGAUCAGAAAGCCCUCGUUUGUGAUGGUGUUGUUUAUAUGCGAAGAUUCCAAACACCUGUAGAUGACUUGAAUGGCUAUUAUGGAACAUAAUUCAGGAGAUUUUAGCAGCUAAAAGAAGAGAGGGUCAAAUAGGUUAAUACAAUGGCAUAAUGCCAAAUGAUUUAUUCACUUCAAAGACAGCUGAAUCAGUUCUAGCAUGAAAAUGGGGUCCAUCCAUUGGUUGCUAUUUAUAUGAGUAGUAUUUUGUUGUCUUCAUGUGGUCACUGAGUUUCCUUACGAUUGUACAGGCACUAAUUGAUGAAACCAUGAUUUAACUGUAUUGAUGUCGGAAAACACCAGAUACAUUUAACUGGAAAGAGGAGAGUGGCAUCUGGCAUUACACUAGUAUCAUAAAUGUACAAAGUGAUGUGCUGAGUCUUUGAGCACUCUGAUACUUUUGUCUGUUAUACACAUGGAGGGACUUUCUGCAAGGAUCAUACAUGAAGGGGUUCUCUGUCAAUUGGGACUUCUCAAUCAAGCUGCCUGCUGUGGUGGAGGGUUCUUUAUCAACAAUGAGCUUUUCCUGGAUAUCGAAAUAAACGAAACCAGAUAUUACCUAUUUUUUAAGCUCUCAGUUGAUGUAUUUAUAGACUGACGAGUGAUCUUACCGCAAAAUGGAAAAAUAGAUUUGUGCUGCUUGUAAUGCUUAUGAUUGUAAACCAGUUGAAUACUUUUCGAGA